UUUUCAUGAGCUGUGCCAGCGACAAGUUAAGAGUUUGAACCUAUACGAGUCGAUUUUAGCCUUGCCAACAGACAGGACUACGCGACUUCGGUUAAUCGUAGCCUUACUGUAAAUUAAAGAGGGAAGUCUUCGUCAACGCCGUGCACAGACUUGGCACUUGGAACUGUCGACUAGAUGGCUCUAUCUGGCUGGGUAUGUUUGGUAACAGGGGCUUCAAGGGGGAUUGGUAGGGGCAUCGCCCUGCAGUUGUCAGAGGCAGGAGCCACAGUUUACAUCACUGGGCGCCAGGAGAGGACUUUGAAAGAAACUGCAGCUCAGGUAAAAGAGAGGGGUGGGAAUUGUGUGCCUGUGAUCUGUGAUUCUUCAAAAGAAGAAGAAAUCAAAGACCUGUUUGAACAAAUCACACGUGAACAAAAUGGAAGAUUGGACAUUCUUGUCAACAAUGCUUAUGCUGGAGUACAUGCCAUUUUUGAAAACAUGGGAAAGAAGUUUUGGGAAACUGAUCCAUCCAUAUGGGAUACCAUAAACAACACAGGCCUUAGGGGACACUAUUUCUGCUCUGUGUAUGCAUCACGGAUUAUGGUGGCUCAGGGCAGAGGCUUGAUUGUAGUCAUCUCUUCUAUGGGAGGGUUGAAAUAUCUCUUCAACGUGCCAUAUGGUGUUGGCAAGGCGGCGUGUGACAGGUUGGCAGCAGACACAGCAUUUGAGCUCAAGAGCAGAGGAGUAGCGUCUGUCAGCUUGUGGCCAGGGGCAGUCCAAACUGAGUUGGUGUCACAACUCAUCAUUGAGAAGGACACACCAGUUGGUGUUGAUCCUAAGUUCAAAGAUGUGUUUGCCAGCGGAGAAACCACAGAGCUUAGUGGGAGGUGUAUUGUGGAGCUGGCAAAAGAUAAGAACUUGAUGUCGCUAACUGGAAAAGUGUUGAUGACCUCUGAUCUGGCAAGACGCUAUGGAAUAAAAGAUGUUGAUGGCCGCAGUGUGACAGACUACACCUCGAUCAAAUUCCUUUUGACCCAGGUUCCAUAUUUGUCCUGGCUCUCCCCUGUAGUGCCUUCAUUCCUUCGGGUCCCACGGUUCGCUCUUAACCUUGCCAGUGGACGUUUCUAAGCACCACCGACAUUCCAUGUCAUAGCUACAGCAUGUUUUCCUCACCACACAUAGUCAACUGUACUCAUCUAUACAUUUAUAUCUGACUAGUGGGUAAUGCAUGUAUAAGAGAAUGUAAUACUAGGCCAUUGAAUGUCAAAUUUGGAGCAGUAUUCACAGAAAGAUAAACAAAGCUGUGACUAAUCACAAUGUAAUACUGACUGUAAUGAAAUGUGAUUUGUAUUGACAGAAAAUAUGUAUGAUUUAUGUGCAUAUUCAUGUAUUGGUACAAUGGUCUUUGAAAGGACGUUUCUUUAGAAAUACAUUUAGCUAUGAUUAGAACUGUGAUUAUAGGCUGUGAUAAACUAUACAAUCCAUAAAAUGUAAGCACUGGAAAGCUAUUUUUCUUCCUUUUAUAACCUUCAUAUUGCAAUAUCAAAUGAUGUAAAUUGUUGGAUGUUCUUAAGAGCAUAGAUAUCACUCUGCAGGGAUCUUUGAAUGUUACAGCAUCAGAGAAACAGGUGAAAAUCUGGUCACUUCAUGACAUCUAAAAGAAAUUGUGAUAACAUAGUUAUCUACUGUUAAAUGUCUAUGUAUCAAUGCCAAUAAAGUACAUUUAACAGAGAUUACCUUA